AUCCGGUCCUCACCCGUCCACGGCAGUUGUGUUGAGUUUAUCCCAUAAUGGCAAGCGGGGAAACCAGAAGGAAACUGAACCAAUGCAUCUUCGACCGCCGGUGAGAAUGGAAUCAACAUGAUCGUUAGCCAUCGCGCCGCGGGAAUUGCCUUCAUUGCAGUCAUUCUUAUCAUUCAAUCCUUCCGGUUGCAUGGUGCCCAAGUAAUUCGACAUGUUGGCGAUCAACUUUCCAGCAAAGUUUCAUCAGAUGUCCUGAACACCACUUUGGGAUUCCAAGAGAUCGUCGUCAUCAACCUCCCCGAGCGAACCGACCGUCGCGAUGCCAUGACCCUCGCCGCUGCCCUUACCAACCUCCAAAUCACAUGGGCCAAAGGCGUCCCCGGGACUGACGUUCCAGACAAAGUCAUACCAGGUGAAGACUGGGAAAAGUCCAUCUUGCGCGGCAACAAGGGCUCAUGGCGCGCGCACAUGAACGUUCUCAACACCAUCAUUGACCACAACCUCACCAGCGCCCUGAUCCUCGAAGACGACGCAGACUGGGAUAUUCGUCUCAAGUCCCAACUGCAAGUCUUUGCUCGAGCAGCUCAGCCCUUCACCCUGAACACUCAUCAAGCCGCCACAGUGACAGACCCAGACAAGAUCGUAAACCUUCCCAUCACCUCCAUCCCCUCCCCUCCCAACCAAUCUCUCUCAUCACCCUACGGCAACAACUGGGACGUCCUCUGGCUAGGCCACUGCGGCACCAACUUUCCCACCUCCACCAUUCUGACCACCCCUCCAACCAACACCUCCCUGCUUCGCGUAACUAUUCUCAACGACCCCACCGUUCCCAACCCACAAUACCUUAAAGCGCACCCCUUCGCGCUGCCGGACCAACUCGCCGAGCUCUACCCGCCUCACACGCGUGUCGUGCACCUCUCCAGCGGGACCAUCUGCACGCAAGCAUACGCCGUCAGCCAGCAAGGAGCGAGGAAGCUAUUGUGGCGGUUUGGUGUUCAGGAGGCGUUGACGAAGGGUUGGGACUUGUUCUUGGGGGAGUGGUGUGAUGGUUUGUUUGUCGAGCAGGGCAGAGACACAGCGCCAGUUUGUGUGACGGUGCAGCCCCCGUUGUUCAGUCACCACUUUGGGAAAGGGGCGGCAUCGGAUAUCACGGCGCCUGGGGGAGGGUUUGUGGAUACGGAGAAAGAGAUGACGCCGUAUGUGAGGUGGAGUGUGAGGUUGAAUAUAGGGCGGUGGGUGGAGGGUGGGGAGGUGAGGGAUCAGUGGCCUGAUGAGUGAUGACACAUGAUGGUGAUGUGGUCAUGUGGGUGGCAAGAGCAGAGUAGUUAUAC